AUGAAUCGAGUUCACAAAUGUCACAACACUACACACGCGAGAGGGCAGCCGGUGCCGCCGUUGUCUUUGCAGAGUGCGGGACCUGAUUACAAGCCAAGUCCGCAUUUUUCGAAGAACCUAACAUUUUGUGACGAAUGUAAAACCAGUAUUCAUUAUAAGGACCAUCUCAUGCACAGCGCAAGCUUCCACCCCCCUAUUGUUGCUGUUCACUUUGUGGACAGAUGGUUCUCUCAGUUUAUAGAGCACGAUCCAAAGGACGGUCUUAUUAUCUGUCCGCACUGUAAGGCGAAGAUCUGCCUAGAAGUGAUGGCAAAGAGGCACGCCAUGCACGACUGCCCUCGUAUCGGCAAACCAGUCAGGGGUGAUCACAAACCCCCCAUAUUCUUCAUUGAGGUACCUCAGGCCCUCCACUCCCAGCACCAGCCCCUCCCACUCCUUCGCCGGCUGCUGAUAGUUCAAACACUGAUGGCUCUCCUAUUGUUGGGCCAUCUAAUGUGCAUGCGUCAAGCCCUGUUGCAGGUUCAUCUGGUCAGCGGUUCUCGAGCCCUGUUGCAGGUCCAUCCGGUCAGCGGUUCUCAAGUGUGGAGGGAGAGGGAAGCGAUUCGUGAAGCAGCAAGGCUGAAGUUGAGCGUAUGCUACGUAUCUGAGAUCAACAAUAAGGAGGACUGCUAUCCACCUGUGCUAUGUACUUGUAAGGGUGAUGCCAAUCAGAUUGUAAGGGACAGCAGCAUGUCAUUCAUCAAUGCAUGGCAUUUAUCUUCCAGUGACGACAUGCCAGCUCGGGAAGUUCCAGAGGGGCUUGAUGAAUUGGUUGAGCUCAUGGUUGAAUAUCCCUGUCAAGAGGGUGACCCUAGUGCUGAGACAUUCAUGACGUUCAAGGGUGCAGUGUUGAAGUUGCUGGAUCAUUUAAGCAGUGAUGCCACUAGUGAAGCCAAACGGAACUUCUACUUAAAGCUCACUAACAUGGUCGAUGAAGUGCCUAUAAAAAGGGCCAGAUGGAUAGCGGACGUGCUGGUGGCUAGCCUGAAUGCUGAAUAUGUGAACAAGCUCGAUUUUCUGUCUGUCACCGAGAUGAAAGAACGCUUGAAGUGCACAGCUGUUCUUUGUCAAGCAGAAGUCAAUUUCGGAAGAACACAAGAUGGCUGUGAGAGAAUGGAAGAGGCUCAAACGUACACCAACUGGCAGCAUAGAGCAGGGCAUUAUUCGCACUAUUUGGAGUGGUUAACUGCUAUCACCUGGCCCGCUUCGACGACGGCUAACCAGAAUAGCACCUCACUAGAAGCACUGCAAGAUCAGAUCUUUCUGAUGAAGGCAUGGCAGCAGCUCGAUGUGGAUCACUUUGGGCUCGAGAAGAUCAAGAAGAGGCUGAUUGAGUAUCUCACCAUAGGUGGACCUGCUGCACUCCUCAAAGUGCUGGAUCUGGGGCAGAACCACACCUUCCACAUAAGAUCAUUAUAUCAACGUCCCGAUUGGCUUGAGUCAAGUGCUGUUCGUUUGCACCUCGAACACGCUCGAUACAAUAGCACUGCCACUACUGGACAGAUGCGAGGUAGUACACUUAUCAGAUUCUUGCUACUGAAGCAGCUGAAGGUGAAUGGUCUAACACCAUACCACCUCAUGUUGACAGACACAGCACUCAUCCAUAUUGCUACACACUACAUGCGUGAAGCGGAUGUGCCCUCGCUAGAGCAAGCAAUCAGUGCAGUAGUGCAUUGCAAGGCUGUCGAAUGGGCCAAGUACUGUGACAGCCUGGGUGUUGACCUGGACGAUGCGAUCAUCCCGGACAGCGCUUUGGAAGGCAUGGUCAUCAAAUCCAGAGUGAGGGGGUACAAGAAGAUUGUAAAGGAAGACGAGCUCGAGAAGAUCCUCAGUAUUGCGAGGUGGGAUGAGGAGGAGCGUGUGCGAGAGGAGCGGCUGAAGAAGGAUGGGCCAUCUGCUGGGAUUGCUAUGACCUGCACGUUCAUCUCCCUACUCACGGGUGCUUGCGUGCCAAGUAACAUCACUAUGACAGGAGAGGUCACUCUUCGUGGACACAUUGGCCCUGUAGGUGGUAUCAAGGAGAAGGUCCUCAGCACACAUCGUGCAUAG